AAAAAAAAAAUUAAAAAAAAUUAGUAAAGUCUUUUCUUUUUCUUUUUUUUUUAUUUCUUAACUUAUUUGGAUUACAUACAUAUUUCUUCUUUUAUAAUAUAUUUUAUCAUACAUCCUAAAGUGAGUCAGAUUAAGAUGGGUCAAAGACAAUCUACUGAAGAUAGUCAAAAUCAGAAUCGAAAUGAUAAUAACAAUAGUAAUACGAAUAAUGACGAUGGCACCAAUACAUUAACAACAAGAGGUAGAAUAAUUAGGCCUAGUGCUAGAGUUCCAAUUAUUAGAGAAAAUCCAAUUAGCAGAACAACUCCUCCACGAAGAGCAGCAGCAACGACACCUAAUACUGCAUUUAUACCAGUGAACGAAAAUCAACGUAGAGAUGAAAGAAGAUGGAGAAGGGCACAAUUAAGAGAACGAGCUUUAAAUGGGGCUGAUACUAAUCGUACAAAUAAUAUUACCACAGUAUCAGAAGCUAUUGAGGCAGCAGCAAGUAUUAAUAGAAUAGCAACAUCUGAUAUUGCAACAACAACAACAACAUCUAUAUCUUCCAUGAGUCCCUUUUCAAGGAUGAUUGUUCAAGUUAUUAGUGAAGCGGUUGUUUCAUCUUUUCGUAAUGGAUCAUUAGAUUCCGAUGUAGCUUAUGAACGCACUACUGUUAGUAACAGUCAUAGACCUGUACGCCAACAACUUACUAUGCAUUUAUCACCUGAGGUAUUUCAACAGAUUGAGCCUGAAAGUACAGAAGAUUCUUUUAUGCAAUUUUUUAGAUUACCCGUUAUUGUUACCAGUGUACCUACGUCUUCUGCUACUAAUAAUAAUAAUAAUACCUUGUCAACAAAUAAUCAACCUAGGUCAACAGCGAUAAAUGCAGAUGGAGAAUCGCCUACAAUAUCAGAAGAGGAAGGUGAAAUUACGCGUAUUUUAAUGUUACCUGUCUUUUUAUAUGGUUUACGUACAGCAACUACUACUGUUAAUAAUAAUACUAAUACUAAUACUAAUAAUACUAAUAACCAACAACAACAACAACAACAAACAAACAGUAAUAACAAUGGUUCUAGACAAGGCACAAGGUCUAGUGUAAGAAUCAGAGAAAGAUUAGAAAGAGAAAGAGCAACACCCACACAAUCAGAAACUCAACAAGAGCAAAAUCAAUCACAAAGAACAACAGCGAAUAAUCAUAAUGAUAGUAGUAGUAAUAAUCAUAGUAGCAGCAGCAGUAGUAGUAGUAGUAGAACAGGACAAUGGACAGUUUAUAUUCUAAGUGGAAAUAGUGUAGAAAACAUGAUAAAUGACAGUCCAUCUUAUGAAGAGUUAUUAGAAUUAGCAGCUAUGAUUGGGCCAGCCAGAAGGCCUACAGUCAGUCAAGAAGCGAUUGACAAUUAUGUACCUAUUGUCAAAUAUACCCAGCAAGUGAAACAAACGAUUGUGGGUAAUUCAGAUGGGUGUCAGGUAUGUCUGAAUAGUUACCAAUCAGAAGAUGAUGUUCGUGUGCUUGCGUGUCAUCAUGGGUUUCACAAAGAUUGUAUUGAUAAAUGGUUAACUGAAGGUCAAAAUCAAUGUCCGCUUUGCCGAGAAGUACCUAUUCCCACCAAUGAAAAUACUACACCACCCUCUUCCACAAAUUAAAUUACUUUGCGAAAUAUGAUUGGCUAUAUUUUCUUUUGUAUAUUAUAAAAAAAAAAAAAAAAAGGGGGGGG